AUGGUCAUCCCAUUGGUGGAUGAGCAAAUUGAAACUAGGAUUGUUCCAGUAGAGAUCCAAAAAGUUAUGAAUGAAUAUGUUGAUGGAAUGCCUCAUGAACUGCCAAAGUCACUACCUCCUCGACGAGGGAUUGAUCACGAGAUUGAGCUUGUACCAAAAGCCAAACCCCCAGCAAAGAACGCUUACAGAAUGGCUCCACAUGAGCUAGCUGAGCUCAGAAAACAGUUAGAUGAGUUGUUAGCUGCUAGAUUCAUCAGACCUGCCAAAAGUACCCAAUGGGGCCUUUGUGUUGUUUCAGAAAAAAAAUUGGACAUUUCUUCAAGUCUUGAAGAACACCAAGUCUAUCUUCAAUCAGUUUUUGACAAAAACCGACAUAAUCAUUUAUAUAUGAAGAAAGAGAAGCGUGUUUUUGCUAAACAGCAUAUCAACUUUCUGGAUCACAUCAUUGAAUGCGAAAAGAUUCAAAUGGACGAAGAUAAGCUGCAGGCUAUUAAGGAGUGGGAAGCCCCUACUUCCCUGACAGAGUUACGUUCCUUCCUUGGAUUGGCUAAUUAUUAUCGUUAG